AUGGCGGAUUUCGGUGACUUUGUGAGGACUGAAGACGAAGAACUUGACCUUGAAGAGGUUGUUGAGCCCUGGAAUAAGUACGAUUUGAAAGAAUCUUCACGCGUCUUCUAUCCCAUUUGCGUCGGAGAGGUGCUCGAUGAGAGAUACCUUAUAGAGCAUAAAAUAGGCUCAGGUGGCUUCGCUACUGUCUGGAUGGCCCAUGACCUUCAGGACAAGAGGGAUAUGAAAUUAUUCAAACACCUUGUGACCCGUUUGGCGACCUUUCAGCUCCGUGGAAACAAAUGUCAUCAUCAGGUUCUAGUAUUUCCGUUGAUGGGCCCAUGCCUUUGCCGGGGUCUCCUGAGAAAGUUGGCCAUGGGCACUCGCAUGUCCGCUGCCCAGCAAUUACUAGCAGCCCUAGAAAAUCUACACAAAGCCGGAAUUGUACACCGCGACUUGAAUGAGAGGAAUUGUAUGUGGGGGAUGGUUCCUCUUCACAAUCUCAAGCGCAGCGCCAAAUAUGAGCUACUUGGACAGCUUGUUCGGCCCAUUGAGGUUCCUGAGAGCAUACGCACAGAGGAAUUCUAUCUUGGUGACUUUGGUCUGGCGAUGAACCUUGGCGACCCCGGUGGAAUUCUAUCUGGCAUCGUCCGAUGUCUGGGCCCACUACCCAAGCCGUGGAAGGGCCGUUACACUCACCCCGGAGGCCUUGAUUCCUGGUAUGAUCAGAGUAAAACACCCGAUCCAAAUCAUGAUCUCGCAUCAACAAUUGCAUACUUUCGUCCUGAGGUUGAUGAAAUUGAGCGGGAACAAGUACGCUCUAUCAUGUCUAGAGUAUUUACUUACUGCCCAGAGGAACGUCUAACCGCCACACAGCUUCUGCAGGACUCUUCAUUUAGGGCUAUCAUGAAUAAAUAUGGAUGUUGA